GCGCCGCCAGGCCCGCGCUUUGUUGAGAAGGCGAGGGGGCGAGGCCCUACGGUCCCGGCGCACCGCGCGAGGCGGGGAUGGAGGUAGGAGCGUCCGCUGCAACGGUUGGGGCUGCGCGUGAGAAGGUGGCUGUGUAGGCACCGGAGCUGCGGGGAAGCCGGCGGCGGCCGGCCAUGGCGGGAGACCCUCUCCUCCGGGAUCCCUGAGUGCGCUCCCUCCAGUCCCGGGGAGCCGUGGCUCAUGGGCUCGCUGAGCAGCCGAGUUCUGCGCCACCCGGUACGAGCCCGAGCUCAGCAGGAGCCGGGGCCCGGGGCCGGGGGCUCAGCCCGAAGGCCGGAGCCUGGAGGCGAUGCGUCCGGCCACGGCUUCUUUUACUACCCGGUCAGCCGCAAGCGCAAGCAGAGCAGCGGGGCCUUCUACUAUAGCCCCGACUCUGAGACCGACGAGGAUGAGGAAGAAGGAGACGAGCAGCAGCGGCUCCUCAACACCCCUCGGAGGAAAAAAUUAAAGAGUACGUCCAAAUAUAUUUAUCAAACUUUAUUUUUGAAUGGUGAAAAUAGUGAUAUUAAGAUUUGUGCUCUAGGAGAAGAAUGGAGCUUGCAUAAAAUAUAUUUAUGUCAAUCUGGCUACUUCUCUAGUAUGUUCAGUGGUUCUUGGAAAGAAUCCAGCAUGAGUAUUAUUGAAUUGGAGAUUCCUGACCAGAAUAUUGAUAUAGAAGCACUGCAGGUUGCUUUCGGGUCCCUGUAUCGAGAUGACGUCUUAAUAAAGCCCAGUCGAGUUAUUGCCAUUUUGGCAGCAGCUUGUAUGCUGCAGCUGGAUGGUUUAAUACAGCAGUGUGGUGAGACAAUGAAGGAAACAAUUAAUGUGAAAACUGUGUGUGGCUAUUACACAUCAGCAGGGACCUAUGGAUUAGAUUCUGUAAAGAAAAAGUGCCUUGAAUGGCUUUUAAAUAACUUAAUGACUCAUCAGAAUGUUGAACUUUUUAAAGAACUAAGUAUAAAUGUCAUGAAACAGCUCAUUAGUUCAUCUAACUUAUUUGUGAUGCAAGUGGAGAUGGAUGUAUAUACAGCUCUAAAAAAGUGGAUGUUUCUUCAACUUGUGCCUUCAUGGAAUGGGACUCUAAAACAACUUUUAACUGAAACAGAUGUCUGGUUUUCUAAGCGAAAAAAAGAUUUUGAAGGCAUGACCUUCCUUGAAACUGAGCAAGGAAAACCAUUUGUGUCAGUGUUCAGACAUUUAAGGUUACAGUAUAUUAUUAGUGAUCUGGCAUCUGCAAAAAUUAUUGAACAAGAUUCUCUAGUACCUUCAGAAUGGCUGUCUUGUGUAUAUAAACAGCAGUGGCUUGCUAUGCUCCGAGCAGAACAAGACAGUGAAGUGGGGCCUCAAGAAAUCAAUAAAGAAGAACUUGAGGGAAACAGCAUGAGAUGCGGUAGAAAGCUUGCCAAAGAUGGUGAAUACUGCUGGCGGUGGACAGGUUUUAACUUUGGCUUUGACUUGCUUGUGACGUAUACCAAUCGAUACAUCAUUUUCAAACGCAACACGCUGAACCAACCAUGCAGUGGAUCUGUCAGUUUACAGCCUCGAAGGAGCAUUGCAUUUAGAUUACGUUUGGCUUCUUUUGACAGUAGUGGAAAAUUAGUAUGUAGUAGAACGACUGGCUAUCAAAUACUUACUCUUGAAAAGGAUCAGGAACAGGUGGUGAUGAACUUAGACAGCAGGCUUCUGAUGUUCCCAUUGUACAUCUGCUGUAACUUCUUGUAUAUAUCAUCAGAGAAAAGAACUGAAAAUAAUCUUCACCCAGAAAAUCCAGAAAACUGAGGAUCUCGUCAGAGAGAAACAAUAGCACUUUGAAAACUUUUGCAGGCCAGCUUAAUUUAAUGGCCCUACUGAUAUCCACACCUAAGGUGACUAACAAUGACAAAGGCCUUACGAACUGUACAGACAAUACAGGAGAUUAUCCCUAUCCUCAUUACAUCUCUAUGCAUAGAUGAAAAAAACAUUUUAAAACGAAGAAAGUAUGUCAAACCGUUUAUGUUAUAAAGAUGUCAGGUCAUAAUUUAGCAUCAGCACAAAACUGCUUAUAGGUGAAUUUCCCAUUUCUCUGCAAAGAAGUAAAGAUUUCGUUUUUCGCUUAAGCUUUGAACCUGCUUAAUGUUGGUGAAUCUCAUUUACACAUCUGUAAGUUUGUUGUUAUUUGGCUAAAAGAAAGCUGCAGGGAUAAUUUGAAUAGCAAGUUAGAAAUACACUUUGAAAUGAUGUGUUAGAGCGCUCCUUUCAUUAUUUCCAUUGCGCAUUAUGAUUUUUUCAUUUUAGUCUAUUUCCAGGAUGUUGUUUUUAUUUGUUAAGUACUUUUUUUCAUGGUUUUGAACUUGAGGAACUUUUUUUUUUUUUAAUGUAAGCAUUUCCAUGCAGUUUUUGAAAAAGCUUUCUUAGGAUUUCAACCAUCAAUAUCAGCUUCAGGCCUUUGAAUGAACUUGAAUAAGGGAAAAAUCAGUUUGGCUCAUAGGAUAGUCCUUUGCCUUACAUGGUCUUUUCUUUGACAUUCUGUAUGCCUUUCUUAGGUUAUGACUUACUUAUGUAGCAAAUAUCAUACUUUUUAACAUUUUCAUCAUCUGUGAUACUUAGACUUAUUUAUGCUCAAGUUUUAGUUGGGAACCCCAUUUCCUACUUAAGCUCAGGACUUUAUAACUUCUGAAUUGAGUGCCUUUGAGUUCUACAUGCUAACAGAAAUUUCACAGUAAAUGUAAAUAAGGUCAGAGGAUCUAAUGUAGAGGCUGAUAAUAAAGCAUUAAUGUAAAAAUAGAGUUUAUUUUUGUCAAAAAUGGCAUGUACACAUGUCCUGAUUUAUAUAUGUUGGUUUCUUGUGUUUAUUACUGUUUGAAAAUAGCCAUGCUCAUUUUCUUUCCAGUCAGAGUAAGUACUUUUAUGUAUAUUUUUAGUAUGUUUUUAAAAAUGGGAAUCAUUUUUAUGUAUCUGUGCAAAUAAUAAAUGUUCAUUUGGAAAAAAAUAAAUAAGCUCUUAUAUAAAAUGGACCGAAAGAAACUUAAUUGAAACCAGAAUGUUUUUCCUUUCUAAUUAAGUUAUUUUUCCCAACUAGUUUUUAAGUUUAGAAUACACUGAUAAUUUUUCUUUCCCAGGAAUAUGUCAGUAGAUUCAGACAUUGCUUUUAGUCUCUCAGAAUUCACCCAGUUGGUUUAACUCAAAGGAAACUUAGAUGCCAUCCACGCUACCCCCAGAACUGCAAUUGAAAUAUUCCCAGUAUAAAGAUUUGGUUGUAUCAGAAGGCCACAGUUGUUAUUUUUAUAUAUGGCUAUAAUUUUAUCUUUUUCGUGAGAUGUUUCUUUUUUCUCUCUCUCUCAUUAUGGUAUAACAGAUGAAAUUAUCAAGUUUAUAAAUCUUGAAAAUAAUGAAAGCUUGAUUCAUAUUGAGUAAAAUUAACCAUUUGAUUUCACUUAUAUAAAUCAGCUGGCCAGAGUGGAAUUAUAUAUAGUUUCGGUUGGUUCUUUUCUGGUCAAGUUGCUUAUGUCAUCCAUGCGCAGAAAGUUAUUUCUUCAGCUGCAAGUAGGUGAAGUUCUUGUUGAGAAAUCAGUCAUUGUGAGCACAGUGAGAGUAAAGAUCUGCUUUUGUUUUCUUGCCAGAUCCUUUUAUGUGUUUUGCAUACUGCUUGUUUUUUUGAAUAGGAAUAUUUUCAAUAAAGUCUUACAGUGCCUGU